CCCAGACGGGCCGUCCUGGGCCGGCGGGGUCGAGGUGGCCGCGCGGGGACGCUCUCGCGGCGCCUCUCCGCCCGGGGUGGCCCCGCCGCCCCGCCCCGGUGUGAUAACUAGGGCUCCUCCUCCUUGUCGUCUUCCUCCCCCUGCCGGUCACAACUCCGGGAACCCAGCCCAAGCCCUGCCUCCCGGACACACACCGGGGCUCACGUAGUCUGGUGGCGGCAGCCUCCCUGCCACCUCCCUCCGGGUUCUCCGAUGCGGCGAGCCAGCUGGAAAGGGGGCUUCCCCGCGGCCCCACAGGGUUCUAGCGUGUUCCUCUAGCCCCGUGAUGGCCGUGGACAUCGAGUGCAGGUACAGCUGCAUGGCCCCCUCCUUGCGCAGAGAGCGGUUCGCCUUCCCGAUCGCCCCAAAGCCAAGCAAACCUCUGAGGCCUUGUAUUCAGCUGAGCGGCAAGAAUGAAGCCAGUGGGACGGUGGCCCCGACGGUCCAGGAGAAAAAGGUGAAGAAGCGGGUGUCCUUUGCCGACAACCAGGGGCUGGCCCUGACGAUGGUCAAGGUGUUCUCCGAGUUCGAUGACCCGUUAGAUAUUCCACUGAACAUCACCGAACUCCUGGACAGCAUCGUGAGCCUGACAACAGCGGAGAGCGAGAGCUUUGUGUUGGAUUUCUCGCAGCCGUCGGCAGACUACCUGGACUUCAGAAAUCGGCUUCAGACCGACCACGUGUGCCUGGAGAACUGCGUUCUGAAGGACAGGUCCAUUGCGGGCACCGUGAAGGUGCAGAACCUUGCAUUUGAGAAGACGGUGAAAGUCCGGAUGACCUUUGACACCUGGAAGAGCUUCACAGACUUUCCCUGUUGCUACGUGAAGGACACAUACGCAGGUUCAGACAAGGACACGUUCUCCUUUGACAUCAGCUUGCCUGAGAAAAUUCAGUCUUACGAGAGGAUGGAGUUCGCUGUCUGCUACGAGUGCAGUGGACAGACGUACUGGGACAGCAACAAAGGCAAAAACUAUAGGAUCAUCCGGGCGGAGCUGCAGUCUACCCAGGGAACAGCCCAGCCGCCAAACGGACCAGAUUUUGAAAUAGCCUUUGACCAGUUUGGAAGCCCUCGGUGUUCCUAUGGUCUGUUUCCCGAGUGGCCUAGUUAUUUAGGAUAUGAGAAGCUUGGGCCGUACUACUAGUGACAGCCUGGGAUGGAGCCGGGCUCAGUGGGCGCGGACGAGCCAAGCUGCAGUCAUCCUGGGGUGGAGAUGGAAGCCCAGAGAAAAGCUGAACUGCCAUCAGACACAGUUUUGAAAAUAACGGAUCCUAGUCACUUUUCUCCUUCAAUCAACCAAGACAGCCAGGUUUAGAUCACAGGACUGGGUUCACGCUUGGAGGAGAUGGCUGUGCUGGUCUGUUUGGCAAUGAGGGUCUGAGGAGGAUGAUGCUGGAAAGGGUCUGGACAGGACCCGGGCUUGUGGGCAGCCCUGGCCAGGCCAGAGGAUGUUGGCUCAAUGAUAAGGAGUCCCUCUCCUCUUGGGUGUGGGAAGUCAGUCCCCUGGCAAGCCCUCGGUCCUCCCCGUGGCCCCUCUUCUGGGGGUCUUCGCCACCCAGCCAGGGCCUUCUCACCUGUUGCAGCUGCCCUGUGUCUACAUGGGCUUCACACUUUAUCUUUGCAUUUUUGUGCACUUGGUUUUCUUCCACAGUUCAGCUGAUGUUCAGGAAAAGAUGAUACAGGCCUAUCAACUUGUGAUGGAGACGGGCAUUUCCUCUUUCUGACCCCGCUUUGACAGCCCAGCAGAGGACGACACACCAGCUCUGGGAAGUCAGCUGGUUCCUGGGUGGUCUCACCAGCGGUGCACUAGGCUGAUGCCAGCAGGACAGGCACGAGGGGGACACUUAGCUUCUCCUCUUGGCUUUGGGGGAGCUUUCUAAGCCCUCACUCUUACCCUGAGUAACCGGACAGCUUGGUUACAAGACUUGUUGUAACUUGCUCAGCUGACUUGCCCGUGUCUCUCUCUUCACAAAAGGAUUUUAGAAUCUCUUUUCCUGGAGAGUCAUCAUUUACGCCGUGUUUGGGAUGUUUGGAUUUGCAGAUUCAAUAUAUCCUCCACACCUCCAGAAAACAUUUGGUUUAUUUUUACUGUGAUUUACAACAUCCACGUUGUAAACAACAUUUUACCAGCCCCCACAGACUUUGAUUUGGUUGUUCUUAUUUAUGGUGUGUGGGUGUGGAAAAGGAUGGGGAGAAAAACCUCACCAAGUUCUCAGAUUUGAUUUUUACUGUUUGCCAACUCUGAAAUAUCAUAGACUCAUUGUUCUUAACCAUAUUGGACUAAAGCAUUACAAGUCUGUUGGUUCACACUGUUGUGAAAUUCCUGGGACUUUCCUUGUCCAAUGGAUCCCCAAACCCUGUGAUUUUUCUUGGGCAAGAUUCAUUGGUACUUGGGAGUGUUUAAAAAGUACUUUUAUAUGUGUAUUUGUAGAAGGUUUGGGUUUUGUUUUUAUUUUUGGAACUUAAUUAAAAGACCGUCUCGUUUUUCUUCUGCCUGAUCUUACUAUAGUGAGGUCUUCCUAAGGGGAGGCAGGAGAUGGGGUGCCUCACUCCCUAGAUCUGGGGACACAGACCCUGGACUCUGCAAGCAAAGAGUCUUCUUUUGCUUGCAUUCUCCAGAUCAGUUGGAAGAGACCUCCUGCUUUCUGUGGCUUUUGUAAAUCAGCAUUGAGCAGAUCUCAAGUGUCUUGGCUCCUAGAGUUUUGUGGUUGGGUUUUUUUUUCCUUUUCUUUUUCAAACUUUAGUUUUGAUUUUUUAAAAUGCUCUUAAGUGGUGUUCCACAGAGUUCUUAUCCCUAAAACUGGCUGUGAUUAGUCUGCAACCUAGUGCUUUAUUUUUUAUGUCUCUCCCAGGUGGCCAGCACUGGGGGAUUACAUGCUAAUGUAAUAUAAGGGACAAUCACAUUUUUUUCUUACGCCGACAUUGGGCAGAACUGAGUUUUAUCUAAGCAUGUCUUACAUCCAGUACACAGACAAGAUUCUCUGUGUUACAAAUCUGGUGAUCAGAAUUGUUAUACAAGAGUGUAAAUCUACAUCAUUUGGAAGCAAACCUAAUUUUAUACGGGUCAUGAAUUUAUUUUGCUUUAAGAAGUCCCCUCCCUCCUCCUGCAGUUUAUGGAAGGUACAAAGUGUACUGUCAUUUCCUUAUGACCAGAUCCUUCUCUGUUAGUAAGAAAAAUGUCUCAAGUGACUUCUGUAUGGUUUUCAGUCAUUGUGAUCUGAAGGCAUUCCCAUGUCAAAAUUUGAAAUAUGGUAAUUCAGUGAUAAGUAUCUCUUUCAAAACAACCACAAACCCUCCCCCUACCCUUCUUUCCUCCCAGCUCACCCCAGCUUUUCUGCUGGGGGCACUGGUUGCAAACCCCCUCACCAGUGCACCUGGGUUGCUCACCCCACUGGGCAAGUCCUUACCUGCUGGCAAAGAAAGACCCUUCUCUGACUAAAGCAAGUGCCUGCCCGAGCUCCCUGGCAGCAUUGUCAGGCAGUGAGGUUUCGGCCUCUGAAGAGCACUAUCUCCUCUUUACCAGUCAGUCUGUCUCCUCUUGGGCUUCCCACAUGGUGCUGGUGGUGAGGAACCCACCUGCUAAUGCAGAGAACUUAAGAGAAGUUUGAUCCCUGGGUUGGGAAGAUCCCCUGGAGGAGGGCCUGGCAACCCACUCCAGUGUUCUUGCCUGGAGAAUCCCACAGAGAGGGGCUUGGCGGUCUACAGUCCAUAGAGUCGUAAAGAGUUGGACACUACUGAAGUGAUUUAGCAGGCACACAUGCUGUCUGCUCUGGGGCCAAUUCUCUUCCAGGAUAUCAACAGCUGGUCUCAGGACCUGCUCCCAGGGGCUCUCUCCUUGGUUGCUAACUCACCAGCAGGAAUAUGUCUGCACACUUCAGAAAGGGACAGGUUCCUUAUCUGGAGACAUGACUGCAGCCUGACCUGUAGGUCUGACCCUCUUGGUUAUGAUGACAAGUGGCCCCGUUCCCAACUUGCCCCCCCGCCCCCGCAAAGGACCAGCCUUCUGCCAGUGGUGCAGCUGUCCAGGGGCGGGGAGGCAGCUUCAUUUCUGUUUCAUAUUUAUUCCCCCAUGUGUCCUGGGGAGUGUUUGCAAAUUAGGUGCAAUAAAUAAACUAGGUGCUCUAAAGAUAGAUUUUAUACAAUAAGCUUUCAGUGUUUCUUGGAAGAUGGCAGCAUUUGGGCAAGAUUGUUUUUUUCUUCAAGUGUUCUUGUUACAGGUGAGAAACAGUGAAGUUACAUAGUUCUCCAGAGAUUAAAACAAUUUCAGAGUCAGGGUAGGAUGUAUUUUCUAAGGUUGAAUCUGAACGGUGGCAAAACAUUACUCUUUCAAUGUUUUCUGAAGAUGUAAAUUUUAAACUGCUAAAAGAAUAUUUUGUGGUUUUGAUCUUUGCCUAUAAUUUGACAUUUCUAAAAACAAGCAUUACUUGUAGCCACUGGGAUACUAAAUGACUUCUAUAUAUAUAUGUGUGUGUGUGUAUAAACCCCCCAAAAGUAUUUGCUCACUUUUCAGAAGUGCUGUGGGCUAGGGUUUCCCUCUCAAUGGACAGUGAGUGAAAACUUCAGUGUCCUUCCUUCAGAGCCCUCGACUGGAUGUGAUUUGCUAGAGAAAGCACCAUGGCUUCUGCCCUGGGAGGUCCUGACGUCCUCGUCUCUCCUGAAAUGACCACAGACAUUGGGGCUGAGAUGUUAUACUUACAAUGCGAUCUCUCAGGUCAUCUGAAGACAGUUUGCCAGCGUAUCUUCACCUCCUGAAGUGGGACACAUCUGAAUGGAGAAGGACAGACAGCUGUGCGGACGGGCAGCUUUUCCUUGUUAGGGUUGUAAAGCAUUGGAGUGCAAGUUGUAACGCUGUGGAUGCUUUGAGUCCUGUUUAUCAGUUUCUAGAGUCGUCUGGACCUGUGAGGACUCCAAGAACACAGCUGUGAUGGUGGCAGUCCACUCUUACUUCUAUGUGAAUGUAGAACCGGAGACUCAACUUCAUUUUUGUGCCUAAAAGUGCCUUGUCGAGAAAGUUCACAGGUUUUUUAAAAAAAAUACAUAUUUUUGUACACAAAGGGGAAAUGCACUUUAAAAAUCACAAGAAUGGAUGCCUUGUGUGUGGUAUAAGAGAGUGGUUUGUUUGGAUCUCAAAUGCAAAAAUGUAAUAAAGGUAGAAAACCCCAAA